CCGCGCGGCAACAAAACCUCAUCGGUGGCUCAGUGGAUUGAUAACGGCUGACAAGGCAGGGUAGCAGCCAAUCACAGGGCCUCUGAACCGCCAAAAACGGAUAGUCCUGGAAGGAGCCUACUCUGCGGGGAUGCUAGGGGGUAAGAAGCAGUACGGAGUAUUGACAGACGUGUAUAUAUCUUGGAAGUCUAGCCUUCCUGCUUGCCACGAUCUUUUUGUAUAUAUUAUUGAUCCUCAUCCCGCUGUGCUCAAGCGUCAUACAGCUUCGUGGCUGACACUGUCUGCCUAAGUAGAUCGAUCCCUCGAACGCUGAACUUCACGGAUAAACCUGGAAGAGUUGCAUUGUUCCUAGGGCUAAGGACUCGGUACGAUGGUCCAAGACGAGAGGAAGGAGCCACUCGGAGCGGACGCCCAGGUAGAUCCGCAGCCUCCGGCCCAACAAACCAGGCCUGACUGCGUAGCUGAGCCGGCCCUUGGAUCCGAGUCCGAAUCGGAACGGAAGCUCCCUCCGUUAACACCACAAGAAUUUCGCGUCUACAACCGCCUAUCCGAGAAAAUGGACUACUUCCACGAGCACUUCCGUCAGAUGUAUUCCACGCUGCACACGGCGUGCGUCACCAAGCGGCGCCCCGCCGGCAUGACGCUGAAGCAGUUCAUAGACGAGGGGCUCAACCUGACGAGAUACCUCGAGAGCCAUCACACCAUCGAGGAGACUUACCUUUAUCCCAUCUUGGCCAGGAAGAUGCCUGAGUUCCAGGCCUCUUCCCCACCGGGGGCGCUGAAGAAGGGAAAGGAAGGCAGGCAGGAGGACUGUGAACUGAUUCGUCAGCACAGACUGAUCCACGAGGGGAUGGAUGAGAUGGCGGACUACUUGAGGCAAUGUAAGUCCAAGGAGUGUGAGCUGGAGCUGUCGGUAUUGAAGGAGAAGAUCGAUCCGUGGGGGGAGGUGUUGCUGAAGCAUCUCGAGCAGGAGGUGCGGGAUCUUUCGGCGGAGAACAUGCGGAAGUAUUGGACGCUGCAGGAGAUGAGGUCGAUUCCUAUCUAGUAGUGGUGACUGGGGUCUCUGUGUAGUACCGAAGAGAAUUCUAUCCAGGGCAUCGGGGAAACAUGUGUGCAUGCUUUUGCGAUAUCAGUUUUCGUCGUUACGCCCCAAAAUGAGGUGACACAAUGUAUCUGAACCUUACCGCUGACUGUCUCACGAUAGCGGAGAGGCAGGCCUGGAUGAUACAUUAUCUU